UCACGCUCGCUUGACGUGAACCGACGUUUGCAAGUUCGCUGCGACUAGAAUUGUUUACAAAAAUAAAGUUUGCUUAAAACAUCAAUUAUUUUAACUUUCGAAGUGUAACUAGUUUAUAGCUGGUGAGUCGGCGGUGCUGAAAAUUUUUAUUCGAGGACACCCGAUGGACUAAAGCCGCGGUCAUGGGGACUUGCUGUAGCAAGGAGAUGCCGCGGACGGACGCGUAUGCACCGUCAACGGGGCCCGGCUCGUCCACCGCUCGGGCAUCGGAGCCCCGUGUUUCUGUGACCAAGGUGGAGCCCAGGAUCGUCGAUGAACUGGUUCUAGAGCUGCUGUCGUUGAUAGGGACGUUUGUUGACAAUGAAGAAGAAUCGCCCCUUUCGUUAGUCAAACUACAUGUUAUUGCCGAUAAAGAGGAAGGAUGGUUCCAAGUGGUUUCCUCGUUGAUCAAAAAGAUUCCACUGGAAAAUCCUUUGGGACCUUCCGCCAUUACCAUUGCAUUUGACGAUUGCCCACUGCCGUCUAAGGAGCAAGUGAUAAAGUUGAUGGAAAUGCUAGGACUGUCGGCUAUGCGGGCACUGUCGGGAGAUAUCAAUGUGCAAGUGGAGCGCAAUAUAUGCGUCAUCCUAGGAUGCAUUGCCGACAAGUUAGCUGGGCCUAACAGCAUAGCCGUGCUUACUGAAGAAACCCUUGACUAUAUGCUGUCUUUCGUGAUGUUCCGUCGUGAACCGCGCAUAGUGCUGUACGCUUUAAUAGCGCUGGAGAAGUUCGCUCACACCACUGAGAACAAGCUGACUAUCAAGGCAAGACUUGACGCUGAGGUGGACAAUCCGCUGAUGAAUUUGGAGCAACAUGCCGAAAGCGCCGACUUCACUUGGCGCCAGGUCGGCUUCUGCGCCAAGUGGGCGCUUGACAAUCUAUUUACGGUACCCGGCCGUCCUCUGAGUUACGAAACGGCGGACAUGUCAGAUAUUAACGCCAUUUUGAAUACGCAAGACGUGAGCGAGUACUUAAAGAUCUCGUGCGACGGCUUGGAGGCCCGAUGUGACUCGUACUCCUUCGAGAGUGUUCGAUGCACCUUCCCGGUGAACUUCGGAGUAUGGUAUUACGAAUGUACCAUUAUAACUCCGGGCGUUAUGCAGAUCGGCUGGGCUACUAAGAGCAGUCAUUUCCUCAACCAUGAGGGGUAUGGCAUCGGGGACGAUUUGUAUUCGCUAUCGUAUGACGGUUGCCGUAAGUUGAUAUGGCACGAGGCCAAGCCUUCGCCCGUCAAAGAUGUGGAUGUUUGGCAGCCGGGAGAUAUCAUCGGCUGCCUCAUAGACAUGAAUGAGGAAGAAGCGAUAUUCUCGCUCAAUGGACAACGAAUUCGUACUUGCACGAAUCUGUUUCGAGCUGCGCGUGUAAACCAAAUUGAUUUGACCAGAAACGGGUUCUUUGCUGCGGCUUCGUUUAUGGCUUUCCAACAAUGCCGAUUCAAUUUUGGAACUGAGCCGUUCAGGUUUCCGCCGACUGACCGAGCGUUUGGCAACUUCAACGAAUUUGGAGUACUCACUAAUGAUCAAAAACGGGUGGUGCCUCGUCGCUUAGAACUUGAGAAGCUGCGCAGCACGACUGCGAAGGAGAACUCGUGCACGCUAUGUUAUGAUGCUGACGCAUGCUGCGUGCUCGAACCCUGCAAGCACCGCGGGUUCUGCUCACUGUGCACAUCUCAGCUGAAGGAGUGCCCGAUGUGCCGCGCCGCGAUCGUGAACGUCACAACGGAGAACACGUGACAAGAGGACUCCUCGCUCUCGACGAUCAGCGAGCUCAACAGCCCCAACAUCACCUUCGAAGAGUCCCCCUCCCCGCCCUUCAACCGCCGCGUCCCCCAUCCCCUCACCCCCAACGGCUCCUCCACGACUACCAGCUCCUCCUCCACCUGGUCCCCAAUGAACCCCAACUUUCCCGAAGACGAACCCCGCGAUAUUAUCGCCUAUGUAAGAUAUGAAUAAUUUCGCUGUUUGCUGUUGACUUCUGGCUGAUCCGUGUUAUUCCUAUAGCAGACAUCGAGUACAUAACGUUGUUAUUUAUUGAUUGACAAUGCCGCUUCUGUACAUAUUUGCACGGAGUUUGCGCACUUUUGUUCUUGUGGUUUUUGGAACGCAAUGUUUUUUGACCAUCCCUACCCUUUAGUUACCCUUUAGAUACUACCUUCCCCCCACUCUAUAUAAGCCUGCAUUUGCAACCAAUAUUGUAUAUUAUGUCCCAAAAACCAAAAAGAAAGUGCUCGAAUGAUUGUAACAUAUUGUUUAUCUCAAAUAUUUAAUUAAGGUUAAAAAUAGAACAUAAUAUUAACAAGAUUGGUUUGACUGAUUGUACGAAAUGAAAAGUAUCAAUCAACAUCGGCCAGCUAUGACGGAAUAUCGUCUGAUUAUCUAUAAUAAUAUAGUCUAGUAGUUUAAAUACGUACAUAUAAUAGUCUUUAUCUGGUGCCACUAUUGGGGCUCAGAAUUUGUCUCUGUGAGACGCAGUUUAAGUUUAGGACUAUUUUGCUAUAAAUCAAAAACUAUGCCAGUAUAUUUUUAUAUCAUAGUUUACUAUUUUUCUAUAUUAGACAUGUCCUCCGUAAUGUCUACCUCUUUCAUUACACUAUUCUCCGUCCGAUAUCGUAUCUCCCACCGUAAGAGUGACUAGAGAGAGGUUUGUUUAUCACUAGUGUUUUUCUAAUUCUUAUAAUCUUGAAAAACACGGGUAAAUGAGUCCUCAGGAUGAGCCACGGUUUGCCUUACGUACCUUGCAGUAUUAUAAGAGAAAAACUUAAAUAUUUUUUACACCCAUUUCGGGUUAUGUACUCGAUGGAAGAAAAUGUCUAAAGUGCGCGUCGAUUCUGGUGGUCUUACAAAUGCGUCGUGUGAAAUGUUUGUUUACAUAAAUAAUGGUGCUGUGCAACCCGUCUGUGGUCUGUAUAAACCUUUAAAACAAGCAGCCGACCAAAUAUUUGUGAAGGAAAAUAUAAUUAGUUAAUUCCAAAACUAGAAUAAAUGUUGGUGAUAUGUUUUGUUCAUGGUGCUUGUGAGACCACUCGAAUGUCGAUGUGCAAUCAUUCACCAAUUCAUCGUUCACUCACUCUUCCAACUGUCAUGGUGGUAGACACUAAGCUUCACAUUCCUGUGCAAUGUCGAGUUUGUUGAAUAAUUAUUAUUAAACGUGAAAAGUAAAGUUUAUCAAAGAUUUAAUUAAAAUACUGAUAGUAUAAUAAGUAUAUUCCAUUUGCAUUUACUACAUAAAGUUGAAAAAAACAUGACAAGGUAACUAUAAUCCUGAUGAAAAAUGUACUUGACUUAGUUUUAGACUAAACAAAGUGCUAGUCACAUUUUGAAACAUGUGUCAUUGCUAGUUGACAUAUACUUUAUUUAGACGAUAAAUACUGAUAUAUGACGGUGCCCAAAAGAGCUUUACUGUCGUAGUAUUUGUUAAAAUAUUUUACACUAAUCUUACUUCUUAAAACCAUACUCAUUUUGUUUGUAGACACAGUAAAUUCAAUGUCAUUCAACACUAUAAUAACGUCCACUAUAUCCUGAAUAGUAGACAAUAGUAUUUUCUUUAAUUAAGAAAUUUAGCGCAAACGUAUUUGACUUUUGCGCAAAAUGUGUUUUUUGCGCAAAGUUACUACAUUGACUAUUAAAAUUUUAAUUGUUGUCAUGUAACAAUUAGAUCGCUCCACCUUGCAGUUUAUUAGUCUAUUUGAUAGACCUUCAUUUAUAUUAUAAUCUUUAAAUCAUUCGAACUUUGUGUUCAGUUCUAUGUCGUAGAAAUUUUGUAUUUUUUAAGUUAUCGUGUUGCAAGUUUCAUACAGCGUUAAUUCUUUCUUAGGUACACGUAGUGUGUGGUUGUUAUGUGUUAUCCCUGUUAUGCAAGUGCGGGUAGAUAUUACGGAAUGCGUCUUUAUAUCUUUAAGUAAUUUAUUCUGUAUUUUUUUUUAACUUUGACGUUUGGAGACGUUUUGUUUUUUUGUUUUUUCUUUUUUUAUAUAACGACCAGCAUUUUUUCUCCUAAUAAACCAUUGAUUGGUAGAAAUCUAAUCGAUAUAGACUUUCCCCUUUACAUAGUAGGUAGUAUGUAGUUUCAAUAUCUCUUCUUGUAAAUUCAUAACUUCUCGUGAUGGUCGUUACGCCCAGGCUUAAUGGCGUAUGAUGUCCCUGACUAACGGAGACUGAUUGACUGCUUGGAUUUGGCUUGAACCUACUUUAGAUAGUUUUUCGUAAAAUCCCCCCUCUCUCUUUUCCACACUACCACUUGGUUUGUUCAUUGUUUGUUUAUGAAUAAAUGUGACCCCUGAGUACAAUGGAAGCCCAGCUUUACGCAUAUGUUUGCAUGUGUGUGUUUCCAGUCCCUGUAACAUACUGAAAUAUUAAAUUAAUGUUCAGGUAAUACACGAAUCACGCAAGAAUAAGUCUCCGUGAACCGACAUCAACUCAAAUAUAAUAUUUUUCUUAAAUAAUGUGUUUAAUUAUAUGUGUAAUUUCUUCGUAGGAAUACGUACUGUUACCUUGUAGAUAAGAUUUUCCGAAAUCCAGCCAGUAGCAAAAAUACUAUAUCGUCACCGAUCCAUGUGUGUUGUCGUUUCCAUGCUGUCCCAAAUAUACAGUAUAUUUCAUCCAUACAUUCCUUAAACAAUAUAGAUGUUGUGAUUUUAUGACAUUAAACCAAUUGUUGUCUAUUUAAACCACCUAGGUGUUAAGAUUACUUGUCGAAAGUGUCAAGUUAAGCGCACAGUUACCAUCUAGAGGGUUUGUGAGUAAAGCACGAAGGUAAUUAAUACUUAUUAGUGAAAUAAAUAUAUGUAUAUUCAAAUAUUGUUAUUAGACUAGGAACUAUAUAAAUUCAUCAAUUUCGAUCCCAGGUGAGGCCUUUCAUAGUUUUAAAAUGGAACUAUGGAGACUGCAAAGCGACCACUUUAUGAUACUCGGCUUAGGAAAGAUUCAAUGGUGCGAUAAAAAAUCGAAUUUAGUAAGUAAAAUGAUGUAAGGAUAACCUGUGAAUGGUCUUACCAUUUAAAUUACAAUCUAUUAAAAUUCGACUACCUACUAUGUUUUGUUGAUAAGACUAUUUAUUUAGAAGUUUCUUUUGUUUGUAAUAGAAUUAAGAAAAUUAGGAACUUUACUCAUUGCCAACGGAGAAUUAGGUACUUAUUCAUCAAAUAUUAAAUCAUUUUCUUCACUUGUAUGUUUGCACCAAAGCUCUAUAUGAUAGCUUAAUUUCUUUUUAGUAACUUAUUGAGUAGGUAAAGUUAAUUGAAAGACGGUAUUAUUUUCGAUGCAAAAAUUUAUUAAUUGUAGGACUAGGAUUAAGUAUGAUUUUUCACUUAACUGUAGAUUCGUGCCAAAAUUUUGAACUUAGGAUUUAACUGCGAAAGAUGUAUUUAUGAUCUUAGUGCAACGUUUAUUCUCCUAACUUAAAAAAUAUCUAAGCGAAGUAAUAUUUAUGCUGCUUUUAAAUAAAAUUAUUAUAACAAACACGGCAAUGAGAAUGCCAGUGAAAAGCUUUGUCGUCUAGAGAAACAUCACAUCCCACGUUCAAACAAAAAAAUUAGCUCCUGUGGAUGAAAUAUCGACAAAGAGACAAUCUUUCUCUUUGUCGAUAUUUCAUCCACAGAGAUAGAUUUAUUCGUUUAAAAUUACUACAACAAACUUUCUGAAAAAAAGAUAGGAACAUAACAUAAAUUACUUAUAUCAAUUAAAAACAAACGAAUUUAAAAACUAUUUAGGAACUGUCUCACAGUUGACGUUCAAGUUAGAUAAGUAGGCGGUUGAUUAUUACCUAUUUACAUUUAGAAUAAGGUAGAUGCCAGUAACCAAAAUUCAUUGAACACCUACAAUAUCUUAGGGAGCCAAAACUCCGUGAAACCUUUGCAGGGUUAUUUUUGACGUAAUGGCCUAUAAUAUAGUAGAUCCUAAGGUGAAACCUAGUCACUUGUACAGUAAAUAAUAAGAUGGCCAAAUUAAUUAGUACCUACAAUAUUAACAUUUAAUGGGAUAGCAUCUUCUCAAGAACUUAAAUAAAUACUUAUGGUAACUGCUAAUAAAAACCGCUUACUUAGAAUAUAUAAAAAAAAAACAUGCGUCUUUAAUUUUGCUAAAAGUUAAUAUUUCGAAUAUAACGUUCAAAAUAUUUGAGGAAUCAUGUGAAAAAUGCUACAAAACCUAGUCUCGAAAUUGCGUUUUAAUUUUACAUAUUAUAAGUAAAGAAAAUGAUCUCUCGUAGUAGAAUGAUUGUGUAAUAGGUACUAAUCACGACUAUCCCUAGCUUAAUUCUGAGAAUAUCAUACCUAUUUCAUUAAAUCCACAGGACAUUUAACAAUAGGAUUCGAAUUGUACUGAGACGAGUAAGAUUAGUUCAUCCAAAUUUAUAUAGGUACCUUCUACCUAUAUCACAAAAUUAUUGCUGAAAUUUACCUAGAUGAUUAUUAAACAUACUUAGAUCAUUUAAUAUAAGAAGCCGUUAUUUACUUAUUUCAAAACUGUAGUUGUAGGAGAAAAUCACUCAACUAUUACACAUUAUUUAUUAUUAAAUUCAGCUUUUUGUCAAGGCAAGGCAAUGGGGUUGCUUGUUUAACUUUGUAUUUUAGAAUUUGUUGAAUUUUAGAUGAAUAGAUUGCCUAGAAUUACUGCCGUGGUGGCACCGGCCACUCACUGUGCAUUUAUUGAAGGAUGAUUUAACUUUUCUUGCAUUGAACGACAUAUGAACGACAAACGUACAACGAUAAUUUAUUCAACAUUUUUGUAGCUGUUGCUAAUUUAAACCCCAGAGUCUUUCCACUAUACACGAUCCAUGUUUUACAGCUUUAGAUUAAUUGUCUAGCUAUUAAAAAUUAGGCGAUUUCGCAUAAUUCUGAUUGUCAUUAUUGCAGUAGAUUGUGAUUUCCAACACUCGUUAGUCACAAAUAAAUGUUCAAUGAAA